AAAAGUGACGCCAGUCCAUGAUCCUACGCUCAUUCCACGAUUCUGGAUCCUCCUGAGCCCUACGGCUGGAUAUAGAGUGAUCGAUCGACAUUCGCUCGACCGUGGAGUGGAUUGCGAGAAUCUGCCGCACUCCAAUCGGCGGCGACGAAUUUCUCAGGGAGACUUAGAACUCCGAAGGAUCCAGGGGACGCCCUUGGCCCGGCGCGGAGGAACUCCCUGUUGUCGCAUAAGCAUGCCAGCCACCAUUCGCAAGCUGGUGCCUGAGGACUUGCCGAAUUUGAGUAAGUUCUUGGGUCGCAGCGUCAUGGAAUUCUUCGGCAAUACGCUGGUCGCGCUCGAUGAAAACGAUGCCAUCGUCGGAGCUCUAUCGUUCUCGAGGACGUAUUCCACAUGGGAGGAUCGAUCGAUGGCCGUCAACACUGUUCGCGCACCGGAUGCUACUGUCUUGAAGCAGCUACUCGUGGCGCUCAUUGACGUUGCCUCCGCGGAGAAGUGCUCGAGAGUGGAUGCCCACACGUCAGAUCCGCAGCUGGCAGCCGCUUUGAAAGACCUGGGAUCUCUGGAUUUGACAACGACCGAGGAGUGGAGGCUCUACGAGAUGACGAAUCUACAAGAGUUCCUGUCGAAACCGAAAUAAAGUCCGCCAGGAGGUGCUUACCUCCGGGAGACAUCGAGGAAAACGAGAAGUAUGGGUAAUAUCUUUCCACCGAAUACGCUCU